ACAAAACGCGCGUGGCUCCCCAUCUUCUCCGCGCAGUCACGCCCCAAGGACUACCUCAAUUGUCAGAAUUAUGUCAGGUUACUACGGUCCUUCUUUCUCCAGACCUGCUUCCAGGCCAGGCUCGUUGGCUGCGUCGAGGGCCAACUCCUAUUACCAGUCCCGAAACAACUCCAUCGUAGCAUCGAGGAACAAUUCUUUCGUCGCAGCAAGCACACCCGCCACACCACGGGCUCGCUCUACUGCCGCCACCACACCGCAAGCCUAUCUAUCCAGAGCCAACAGCAAGGACAAUGACAAGGAAGAUGAUGGUGUCGACACGCCCGACCACAACUCGGAGAUCAUCCGCAACGCGAAGGGCGAGCUCAUGAUCGGGAGGAUUGUUGGAGGCAAGCACGUCAGCGAAGAGAACAACGACAUCGACGCAGACUGCGGUCCCAUCAAGACUGUCGAUAUUGACAUGCCACUGACUCUCACUGAGAUAGUCAAGCACAAUGACAAGGAGUACAUCGUUCUCACUUUCGCCACUGACGAUAAGGAGAACCCCUUCAACUGGAAUCCUUGGUACAAGCGCAGCGUGACCACCAUCCUGAACUUGAUGACGCUCUUCAUCGGUCUGGCUACCACCGCUUACUCUUCUGGUAUCAACAGCAUGUGCGAAGAGUUCAACGUCGGUAGUCUCCAGGGGCAGUGGGGGCUUUUCACCUUCAACAUGACCUGUGCUGUCGCACCCAUGAUCCUCGCACCCUUCUGCGAGCUUGUCGGCCGCAAGAUCGUCUACUGCUCAUCCUUCCUAUGCUUCUCGCUGCUCUUCAUCGGCCUCGCACUCGCUCCCGAUAUCAACACCAUGAUCGGCCUCCGUCUCCUCCUCGGUUUGUUUGGCUGUGUCGGCACCAUCCUUGUCGGUGGCACUUUCGACGACAUGUACCCCGCUGAGAAGCGUGGCCGCCCCAUGGCCAUGUUCAGUUUCGUCGCCAUCUUCGGCACUGUCUCCGCACCCAUCUACGCUGGCUUCAUCGACCAAGCUCUUGGAUGGCGCUGGAUCGAAGGCAUCCAGGGCAUCGCCAACGUCCCACUCCUCAUUGCCAUCUUUAUUUUCUUCCCCGAGACCCGCGGCGGCGUCUGCCUCCACAAGCGCGCCGUUGCGCUCCGCAAAGCCACCGGCGACGAGCGCUACGUCGCCGAAGAUGACAUCUACACACCCGACGUCAAGUCCAUGUUGAGAGCCUCGUCCGUCAAGGCUAUCCGGAUGCUGGUCACCGAGCCCGUCGUCUUCGCCUUUGGCAUGUGGAUCGCCUUCUGCUGGGCCGUCGUCUUCCUCUUCCUAUCGGUCAUCCCAAUCACCUUCUCGGAGAAGCGCGGGUGGAAUGAGGGCGUCGCCGGCCUGCCCUACAUCUCGCUCGCCAUCGGCACAUUCCUCGGCUGGGCCGCGCAUCACCUGCAGAUGCGCAAGUACAACCAGCUGCAGGCGGACCCCGCGGUGCAAGUUGUGCCAGAGCACCGCCUGUACGGCGCCAUGUUCGGCGCCGUCUGGCUCCCCGUCGGCCUGUUCAUCUACAGCUUCACGCAGUACGGCCACGUGCACUGGAUCGCGCCGAUCAUCGGCCUCGCGCCCAUCGCCUUUGGCAUCUUCUUCGUCUUUGAAUCAACCUACUCGUACACGGCCGACUGCUAUGGCGAGUCGUCGUCGUCGGCCAUCGCGGGCCAGGGCCUUAUGCGCAACACGCUCGGAGCUGUUACGCCCCUGUUCGCUAGCGCGUUCUUCCACAACGUGGGGAGUCAGUACGCCGGGCUCAUCCUCGCGCUGUUCGGCACGCUGUUAAGUCUGAUUCCGUUUGUCAUGUUCAGGUUUGGACACCAGUUGCGCGCGCGGAGUAAGCUGGCGCAGGAGUUUGGCGGGAAGUAGGUGAGCAGGUAGUGUGUGUUUGAUGCAUUUUUGGCGUCGCAUAGCGUAUGUAGCGUCUUGGGCGCUUGCUUAGUUUCGCGUAAUUCAACGUUUGUUACUCGCAUUCUUUGGUGCCGGGUUCUUGGAUUGUGAAUGUGGUCGGAGGGUUUGGGCGUUGGCUCGUUGCAUUGUUGCUUCGGGAUGUGAAUCUGGC